AUGGUCGACGAGGAGCGUGAAUUAACUGAAGCUGAAAAGAAAGCACGAAAGAAAGCUGACCGCGAGCGAAAACGGCAAGAAGCUCGUGAUGCGGCGGAGAAGAAGAAACGCUUUGCUUUAACACCCGAAAAGAAGCGAAAACUUCGUCUUCUUAUCAUGAAAAUGGCCACGGAUAAUCUGAAGAAUGCGGCCGAACAACGUUCUCUCGCUCGUAAAAACUACAUUGAAGAACGUGUGAAAGCCAUACCGAGUGAUCUGAAUGCUCUCAAUGAAGCAAGUCUUGUUUCAUUAGUGAAAGAUCUUCAUAGACAAUUGAAUACUGGUGAAGAAUCGUGCUACGAUCUCGAAAUGAAAAUUCGUCGACAGGAUUAUGAAAUUAACGAAUUGACUAUAAAAGUGAACGAUGCAAAAGGUAAGUUCAUCAAGCCAACAUUGAAAAAAGUUUCGAAAACAACUCAAAAAAUUCAAAAAUUACAAAAGCCCAAAGAAGAAGAAAUCGAUUUUCGUGCUCAUUUGAAACAAUCAACGAAUAAAUUCGCAUUGAAAGAAGAACAUGAAGAUAAAGUGAAUUUUCGUGAGCAAAUUCAACUGAAAUCAACCAAAGGCGAACAUCAUCACGAAGAUGAAUAA